GUGUCGGACGGCCCAUUUCCGGGUUCCAUGCGAGCUAACGAUGAACUCCUAAACAGGCGAGAGAGUACAUCUUCGCCUGCAGCUCAACACUGGACAGAAAAUGCUGUAGUUUCGAUCUGAAAUCGCGGAUAAAGUGGGCAGACGUUACCGAAAAAGGCACUCCCACACUUCUAUCGUAUAGCGGGCGGGUGUUUACAUUAUCAGAAGUACUUUGCAGCUAAUUAGCGGACGGUGCUGACACUGACAGCUGGCCCAGGAAUACACUUUUCUGCUAGCUAUCUUCAGCUAACUUCUGCUAGCUAACUUUAGCUGCGACUGGCUAGUUUUGCUACCUAACUUCUGCUCGCCGACUUUAACCAACUUUAGCUACUGUUGCUAGCCAACUUAAGCAAGUGUUGCUGGAUAACUUUAGCUAGCAGGUAGCAACUUGCGCUAGCCUGCGCCGCGACCAAGCCUCUUGGUUAGCAGGCUACAUUUGGGGCUAUUUCCAUGCUAGCGUAAGCGUGGGUCAACAUUCGUAAUAUUAUACUGUGACAACACUUCCACUAUGGACACUGGGAUCUUUUGCCACAGCAACAUUUUCCAUUCAUGUUGGUUCUGAGGACGAGGUUGUCCACCCCCUGUAAUUUAAGGUGUAUCUCACCAUGGCCCAAUCCUAUGCCAAAAUAAGUACAAGUUGAGCCGUGACCUACUUCAGACCUCACGGUACUGUAAUCUUGCGAGAGUGUUCUACCUCCACAGUGAGUCGGUGAACCCCCUGACUCAGAAGUGCCAAGACCAGCAUGCCCCCUCCUCCCCCCCCUCCCCCGGGGCCUCCGCCUCCUCCCGCUCCUCCCACCUUCAGCCAGGCAAACACGACGCCUCCCAAGUUGAAUCGCGAUGGUACCAAGGACAGAGGAGCUCUGCUCUCAGACAUCUGUAAAGGUGCCCGGCUCAAGAAGACCGCCAUCAACGACCGAAGCGCACCGGUCAUAGAGAAAUCAGGAGGUGGAGGUGGAGGAGGUGGAGGUGGAGGAGGUGGAGGAGGAGGAGGAGGAGGAGGAGGUUUUGGAGGAGGAGGACCAAUGCCAAUGGGAGGUCUUUUCCAAGGAGGCGUGCCCAAAUUGAGACCAGUUGGAGACGGAACGGUGGGUCGCUCCGCGCUGCGCCCCCCAGCCUCCCGGCCCAGUGCCCCCCGCCCCCCCUCCGGCCGUUCCUCCUCCCCCUCCCCCCCUAUUGAGCCCAAGCCUGCCCCGCCCGACCACCAGCGCUCCCACCGCCCCUCCCUCCCGGACCUCUCCCGCCCCCCUAGUUCCUCCUCUGGCUCGUCCCACUCCUCCGGGGGCGGCAUGAAGAACAGCACCUCGGCCCCGCCGCCUCCGCCGCCCUUCAACCGCGGCGGGGGCGGCGGGCGCUCCAACCCUCCCCCGGAGAGGACCCAGAAGGCCCCCGCCCUCCCGUCCUCCCACCACAGCCGAGAGAAACCCCUCCCCCCCACGCCUGGCCGAGGCCCCUCCUACAGCCCCUCGGCCCCGCCCCCUUCCAUGAAGCCACCUUCCUCCUCCUCCUCCUCCUCCAGCAGACCCUCCCCCACGGGGGGCUCCUCGGCGCCUCCCCCUCCUCCCCCCUACCGCCAUCCCCCGGGGGGAGGGUCCAACGGGCCGAGCCACGUGGACGGGGCUCCGGAGCUGCCCCAGCGCCAGAACUCCCUGCACAAGAAGACCCCCAACAGCGGAGGCUCGCACGGACGCACCCACGCCCCCCCGCCUCCACCCUCGCCCUCCCCCGGCCCGCAGGGUGGCAGACCCCCUCCGCCCGCCAGGGAGCCACCGGGCCGCAGAACAGCUCCUCAGGCUCCCCAUCCAGGCACCCGCAACGGCGGCGGUCGGGACGCCCCGCCCCCUCCACCUCCCUAUCGCGGCCACAGCUCAGGUUCCUCCGAGCCUCACAGCAGGGGGGGUAGCAAACCUCCUCCUCCACCCUCCCUCUCCUCCUCCUCCCUCUCCUCCCUCUCCUCCUCCCGCACCCCGGCCGUUCCUCCCCCGCCGCCGCCUCCCCUCCGCAACGGCCAUUCCAGCUCCUCCUCCAAGUCCAUCGUAGAUGACUUUGAAUCCAAGUUUAACUUCCAUCCUGUUGAAGACCUCCCCCCACCAGAGGAGUACCGGCCCUUCAGCAGGGUGUACCCCAGCAAGGGCACCAAGGGUAUGAUGCGAGGAGCCCCCCCAGCGCCCCCUGUAGGGAGGUGAGCGCGUGGCAUCCUCUGCUCCACCACACCAGGACUCAACUCACUUUGACCAAUCACAGGACAUAUGGGGGUGGGGGGGGUGGUUUAAGUGUGUAGACACGCACACUUAGCACACAACACUAAAGACACACUUGACACUAAAGACACACCAACACACAUUUGACACACCAACACUAAAGACGCACAUCAACACUUGAGACAAACACACUAAACACAAAAGACUAAAGAGCCACACACUAAGGUAAUGGGACAGCAAGACACUAAAGACACGCUGCAGAGCUACACUGAACACCAGCUGGAGGCAUGCAUGGGUUUGAGGAAACGUCUCCUGAAUGCCGCGGACUAUCGUCCGGGUGCUGACCCGCUGCACUGUGACCAUGUGACCAUGUGACCCUGGUCGUCACGCCACACUGACACUGAGGACCUACAUCGGAAGAAGAAAAACAGAAAAAGUAAACCCAAUGCAUUCCCUUCUGUUCCUCUCUCCUUGAGACUCAUUCCAUGAAAAUGUUCUGAUUAUGUUUUGUAUACUGCGUUCCCUUCAGCCCUCCAGGGUACUAUUAUCUUAGCUGAGUGAUGCUUCGACCCUCCUGGGCCGCCACCAGUGGCUGGGAGCCCCAUUGAGGAUUUAUUAUUUCCUUUUUGUUCUUUUGUUUAGAAUCUAUGAUUGAGUUUGUCUUUGAUAGCCAUUCCAGUAGUGCCAGGGAGGAGGAGGAGGAGGUGAGGAGGGGUUGUGACCAAGCAACCAAGUGCCAAACGUGUGCAUAGUGAGCCAAGCAGGUCCGUUGACGACAUGUAUGUAAAAUCCUCUAUCAGACUAGCAUUAUGUAGAAUACCUGCAUGCUUCAAGAAAUUCCCAAUAUAUUACUAUCUAUGUAAAUGCAUCAUCACACACACACACAAUAUAUAUAUAUAUAUAUAUAUAUAUAUAUAUAUAUAUAUAUAUAUAUAUAUAUAUAUAUAUAUAUAUAUAUAUAUAUAUAUAUAUAUAUAUAUAUAUAUAUAUAUAUACACAAACAAAACUUUCAUAAGAAAUGUGUUUUUGUCAACUCGACUGUGCCCCUGCAGGCUUGCUGCCAUCUGGUCUUUAAGAAACAGCAUGGGGAGUAGGGGUAGCUACAGAACAGCCAAUCAGGCUCUGUUUAAACACGGCUUGCUUCCUGUUGGGGGAGCAGAUGCCGAAGGGAAGAAACACAUGAACACGCACACACACGAUAGCUCUUCCAGAAGUCUUAUUUUAUAUUUUAUCACCUGCAAUAUCUGACCGUACUUGUGCUGCUGGUGAAGACAGAAUUUCAGGUGUUUAGAUUGUUGUGAUUAUUGCUAUGCAAGGAAUGUUGUGACGAUAUGACGCUCAUCGCUGAGAACCCCCAGAGGCUCCAGGGCUCCAGGGGUCUGUGGGCGCAGAGCUCUUCGUCCCCCGUGGUCUCUUCCCUGCUCUUCGUCUACACACACUACUUCUUAUUGGAUUUCCGCUCCUCUGAACGGGAAACCAUUCAAUGGAGCAGAACCUCUCGCUGGUCCUUGCCUUAUACCUUGACCUAACGACCGGUUCCAGCGAAACAGGGCUCCGUUAUGUUUUUAUCACGUCUUCGUCGUUUGUCAGGGGACUCCAGAGGAGGGGCUUGGUGGGGCGGGAGAGACUAAAAUAAUCGAUUAUAUUUGAAAAAUGCAAGAAAAUAUUGUAUAUUUACAUUAAAGCUAAUGAAUAUGAUAACCAUAGUUAUUGAUCUAUUUUUUAUGUUGUAAAAAGCUUGUAAUAUAGGAACAAAAAUGGGGGGGAAGGGAAGUCAUGGAGUGACAGGGGCUCAGCCCCGUAGCCCCGCCCCUAGGGAGGACUAGCAGCACUGCUCUGAGUGGAUGAGAUGGUGAAGGGUGUGUCUGCAGAUGAAUGGAUGAAUGCUGGGUGAGAAGGUAUGGAUCAGGAGAGUGAGUGCAGCUAGGGUUGUGAAGUGACGGUUUGGUCUAGUUGUUCCUCACUCUGUCACGCUGUCGGCCAUGUUAUGUUAAUCAGCCAUCUUUUAAUCAUGUGAUCAAUUGAAAUAAACAUGUAUUUUGGGGAAAAGGG